AUGGCGGACGAAGACGUAGCAGCAAUUGUCAUCGACAAUGGUUCCGGAAUGUGUAAAGCUGGAUUUGCUGGAGAUGAUGCUCCUCGAUCUGUCUUUCCCAGUGUUGUCGGUCGUCCUCGUCAUCAGGCAGUUAUGGUUGGUAUGGGUCAAAAAGACUCGUAUGUAGGUGAUGAAGCUCAAUCAAAACGUGGUAUCCUCACAUUAAAAUAUCCAAUUGAGCACGGUAUCAUCACCAAUUGGGAUGAUAUUGAAAAAAUCUGGCAUCACACAUUUUACAAUGAAUUGCGUGUUGCACCAGAAGAACAUCCAGUCUUAUUAACCGAAGCUCCUUUAAACCCAAAGGCCAAUCGUGAAAAAAUGACACAAAUUAUGUUUGAAACAUUCAACUCACCUGCAAUGUAUGUUGCUAUCCAGGCUGUAUUAUCAUUAUACGCUAGCGGUCGAACAACUGGUAUUGUUUUGGAUUCUGGUGAUGGUGUGACACACGACGUACCAAUCUAUGAAGGUUAUGCAUUACCACAUGCCAUCCUUCGUUUGGAUUUGGCUGGUCGUGAUUUGACCGAUUAUUUAAUGAAAAUUUUGACUGAACGUGGUUAUUCGUUCGUGACAACAGCUGAAAGAGAGAUUGUUCGUGAUGUCAAAGAAAAACUGUGCUAUGUUGCAUUGGACUUUGAACAGGAAAUGGCAACAGCUGCAUCAACAUCAUCAUUGGAAAAAUCAUACGAAUUACCUGAUGGUCAAGUUAUCACUGUUGGAAAUGAACGUUUCCGUUGCCCCGAAAGUUUAUUUCAACCAUCCUUCUUGGGAAUGGAAGUUGCAGGUAUCCAUGAAACAACAUUCAAUUCAAUAAUGAAAUGUGAUAUUGAUAUCCGUAAAGAUCUUUAUGCUAACACCGUUUUAUCUGGUGGUACAUCAAUGUAUCCUGGUAUCGCUGAUCGUAUGCAAAAAGAAAUAACAGCAUUGGCACCAUCGACAAUGAAAAUUAAAAUCAUCGCACCACCUGAACGUAAAUAUUCAGUAUGGAUUGGUGGAAGUAUUCUAGCAUCAUUGUCAACAUUUCAACAAAUGUGGAUUAGCAAACAAGAAUAUGAUGAAGCUGGACCGUCGAUUGUCCACAGAAAAUGCUUUUAA